CCCUUCUUUCUUCCAAAGAUGUUUGAAAUCGCAGUCAUUUACGCUCGACAAUUUUUACAAUAGCCUUGAGCCAUAAUUUUGCGAGUCUCUCCAGCAUCCAUCCCCCUGUAUGGUCUCUCUCCACUGGCCAUGCACGACCGUUUCUCUCCCCAACCGUGGAUUUCCUAUUACUCUCGUUACGACUCACUGAGCCCCAGGCCCAAGGAUAAUGAUGUGUUGUUUCUUGGUAGCAUAAUUUGUCACACGUACAUUUUUUCUUCUUCUUCUCUUGCAGAAAGCUCUGCUCCCUCUCUCUCCCUCUCUCUCUCCUUCUCUCUCUUCCUCUCUCCCCCUUUCUCUCUUUUCUCUCUCUCCUACAUUUUCUUGCUGUUGCUAAUUCAUGGUGAUCAAAUGAUGUACGACAAAAUAAAUUGUAAAGAGUGACUGCCUGGAGUUGGGAACCAGAAGGUGUUUUUCCCCCUCCCAAGGAGCGAGGAAACCUUUAAAAAGGAAGGACAAUUGAUUUUUGGGGGGAGCUGAAGUGAUCCUUUACUUUAGCAGCUGAUUGAGACCAGGUUGGAGGAGGGUUUAAAGCCAGGUGCGCUGAGGCAGCUCGCCAUGUCCAGAUCCGGGGACAGGACCUCCACCUUCGACCCCAGCCACAGCGACAACUUGCUGCACGGCCUCAACCUGCUGUGGAGGAAGCAGCUGUUUUGCGACGUGACCCUCACGGCCCAGGGCCAGCAGUUUCACUGCCACAAGGCCGUUCUGGCCUCCUGCUCGCAGUACUUCCGAUCUCUUUUUUCCAGUCACCCCCCUCUCGGAGGAGGGGUCGGCGGACAGGACAGCUUGGGGGCCCCCAAGGACCCACAGCAGCAGCAGCAACAGCAGCAGCAGCAGCAGCAACAGCAACAGCAGCAGCAACAGCAACAGCAGCAGCAGCAGGAGGAGCCCGGGACUCCUUCCUCCUCCCCCGACGACAAGCUGCUGGCCAGCCCACGGGCCAUCAACAAUCUGGUGCUGCAAGGCUGUUCGUCCAUCGGGCUACGCCUGGUGCUGGAGUACUUGUACACGGCCAAUGUGACCCUCUCUCUGGACACGGUGGAGGAGGUGCUUUCGGUGAGCAAAAUCCUACACAUUCCCCAAGUCACCAAGCUGUGCGUGCAGUUCCUCAACGACCAGAUCUCGGUCCAGAACUACAAGCAGGUGUGCAAGAUCGCCGCGCUGCACGGCCUGGAGGAGACCAAGAAGCUGGCCAACAAGUACCUGGUGGAGGACGUGCUGCUGCUCAACUUUGAGGAGAUGCGCGCCCUGCUGGACUCGCUGCCGCCCCCCGUGGAGUCGGAGCUGGCGCUCUUCCAGAUGUCCGUGCUUUGGCUGGAGCACGACCGGGAGACCCGCAUGCAGUACGCGCCCGACCUCAUGAAGCGCCUCCGCUUCGCCCUCAUCCCAGCCCCAGAGCUGGUGGAGCGGGUCCAGUCAGUGGAUUUCAUGCGCACCGACCCGGUCUGCCAGAAGCUGCUUCUGGACGCCAUGAACUACCACCUGAUGCCCUUCAGGCAGCAUUGCAGGCAGAGCCUGGCCAGCAGAAUUCGCUCCAACAAGAAAAUGCUGUUAUUGGUUGGAGGAUUGCCUCCUGGACCGGACCGGCUUCCCAGUAACUUGGUUCAGUACUAUGACGAUGAAAAGAAGACGUGGAAAAUACUGACAAUUAUGCCCUAUAACAGCGCCCAUCACUGUGUGGUAGAAGUGGAAAACUUCUUGUUCGUGUUGGGAGGAGAAGACCAGUGGAAUCCGAACGGAAAACACAGUACAAACUUUGUCAGCCGAUAUGACCCGAGAUUUAACAGCUGGAUCCAGCUCCCACCCAUGCAAGAAAGGAGAGCCAGUUUCUACGCAUGUCGCCUGGAUAAACACUUAUAUGUUAUUGGUGGGAGGAACGAAACCGGAUACUUGUCCAGCGUGGAAUGCUAUAACUUAGAAACCAAUGAGUGGCGUUAUGUUUCCUCUUUACCCCAGCCUCUGGCAGCUCAUGCAGGCGCCGUGCACAAUGGGAAAAUAUACAUUUCAGGGGGCGUUCACAACGGAGAGUACGUCCCAUGGCUGUACUGCUAUGACCCUGUUAUGGAUGUCUGGGCCCGAAAACAAGAUAUGAACACAAAACGAGCAAUCCACACUUUGGCUGUAAUGAAUGAUCGGCUAUAUGCAAUUGGAGGAAAUCAUUUGAAAGGUUUCUCCCACCUUGAUGUCAUGCUUGUGGAAUGCUAUGAUCCCAAGGGUGACCAAUGGAAUAUUCUGCAGACUCCCAUUUUGGAAGGCCGAAGCGGCCCUGGUUGUGCCGUUCUUGAGGACAGCAUUUAUCUCGUAGGAGGCUACAGCUGGAGUAUGGGAGCCUACAAGUCAUCGACCAUUUGCUAUUGCCCAGAGAAAGGAACCUGGACAGAGUUAGAAGGAGAUGUAGCUGAACCGCUUGCAGGCCCUGCUUGCGCCACAGUUAUCCUACCAGCCUGUGUACCUUACAACAAAUAACACACAGGACACAUUGAAUUGAACAAGUACCCCCAUUCUGGGAAGCAAUGACAGGUGACACAAAUAUUUUAGUAGGGAAAAUUAUGUUCUACAGACACAACUUCCAAAACCUACCUUUGGGUUUAGAUUGAUGCUUUAAAGGCAAACUACAAAAAAAAAAUCCCCAUUCUUGGACACAUACCAGUCUUGUGAAGCAAGUAGCUAAAGACCAUACCACACCUCCCAUGUUGACAGACUGCCAUCUCAGGCUGGUUUUCACUAACCUGGCCCAACUUCAUGGAAAAUCCUCACAUUGAUCUUAACUUUCCAAAGGAGAAAGGUAGAUGUCUGAAGACUGCCCCAGAGAGAUCUAACUAAGAGCAGUGUUGUGCGUUGUAGUCUACCUGCAUGUGAUCAAUGUUGAUGUUUUGGAGAUGUUCUGUUCUCUGAAUGCUUCAAAAAUUCACCCAGAAUCACAGAAAUGGCAUCUUAGUCUGAUAAUCCUAAAGUCUGGUGGUUACACAGGCUCUGGAGGCCAAAUAAUUUUAGAAAAAGUACCCAAAGCUAGCUUCUCUUCAUCCACCCCCUAUCUUCCCAGCAUCACAAAGGAACUAGGCAAAGAGAUGGAGCUGGUGAGGAAAGGUAGGAACUCUGUUAGAGACCAGUAGUUAUUGCCCUUUGUUGUCAUAAACUACUCAGAGUCCCUAAAGAUAGGAAUUGAGCAUAGGCUGCUGCUGCAGUCAAUUCCCUGAGAAUUGUACUCUCCAUUUUUCAGGACCGCAUAAGUAGUGAACACACCUGUCAUUUGCUUCAAAGGCCAGGGCCAGUAAAUUUGGUUAUCAUGGAUUCAGAGAGGAUCUGACUCAAAUUUUGACCCAUGGGAAAAAUCAGCCCAGAUUGCUCUCUGCAACCCAGAGACCAGGAGGUAGCAUACUUUCUGUAAAGUACAAUCUUACUUGUUUCUCUACUGCUGAGAAACAUGAAAUUUUAAAUGAUUUUAAAGAAUCACAGCAACUUCCAUUUAUUUUAUCUUAGUCCUCAACAAGGCAUUGGGCCUCUCCCCGCCCUCAGCUGGCUGGGGGACAGCACAUGAUUUACCACCAUUAUUUGCCAAACUGGGCACAUCUUUAUUGCUCUCGUUGGUAAUGCUUACACACAGAGACAAAAAAUUAAAUUGUUCUCUUGACAGUCGCAGCAGCAGCAGGAAUUGUCGAGGGGAGGGAGCAGGAGUGAGAGAGUUUACAUUUGUCGAAUCAGAAGGGGCAGAAUUGGCAAGAAGAGAAAUUUUAUUUUCAAGCUUUUAGGAGUCUAAUAAAACACCAGUAAAAAGUAAGGCAAAGAUAUAAAAAGAUAAUGAAAUGGUUGGAUCUUUUGGUAAAUGGAUCCUUUAAAAGCAGUAUGAGGCCACAAGUGGGAAUGCCUUGGUAAGACUCUCUUAGUGAGGAACAUGGAAGGAUGGAGAGAAGGUGCUCCAAUCUGAAACUGUUCCUACAGUAAAGUGCAAUCGUAAUUGUUUUUGUAUUUAUUUGUAUGUUCAGAUCCAAAGGAUCCCUUGUAAAAAGAUAUCCAGUGCAAUCAACUUUCAUUUUUUCCCUUGAAAGUACAUAUAGAGAGAGAGAGAGAGAGAGAGAGAGAGAGAGAGAGAGAGAGAGAAAGAGAGAGAGAGAGAGAGAGAGAGAGAGAGAGAGAGAGAGGAGAGAGAGAGAGAGAGAGUAACUAGUUACAGUGUUCCAUUCAAGAACCUAAGCUGAUACUCUGAUGAGAAGAAGGUUGGCCUCGGGGUCUUUUAUGGUGAGCUGUCACCUGCUCCCUCUGAAAUGUACAAUUUAGGCUUUUAAAAGGAUUCUUGUCGUCCUUUGACUGGUUCUUUGUCUUAUUUUUUUUUUUCAACUGAGAUAAAUUUUAGCAUUUAUGAGAACUGUAUGUAAAACUUUCUGUCUUUCAGGAAGGCAUGACCAAGGAAAAAGUGAUAUAACUGAGUAAGUCACAGAGAAUGUAAAUUUUGUACAGUAUUAGAAUGUGUAAAUGACGCUUGCUUGUAAGGGGAAAACUUUAAAUAAAACUUUAUGUACUAAUUCAACUGUCUGCCAUAUUGCUACUUAUAAAGGAUAUGUAUAAAUAUCUACAUUAAACUCUUUGGAAGUUUUUUUUUAUCAUGUAAA